UGCACUGUGAUUGUUUCGUCAUGAAAGCCAAUCAGAAAAGUCCAAGCAGACAGUGAAAAAUGUCGGCGUAGGUGUAGUCGUCCUAAAGUUUUUAGUUUUAUCAGGCUAAGCGCGGGUGCAUUACAUUAACAGUUGCAAAAUAUUUAAUUUAACUUUACAUAUUUUCGUUACCUUCUUAUUCUACUAUCCAGAAAUGGGCGAUGAAAUGGACCCGUGUGAAUGCCUGUGGAACCAUGAACUGGCGAUGCGACGACUCAUCUCGUUGCUUCGCCAAGGUCAAUCAUACUGUACAAACAACGAAUGCCUGGACGAGCAAAUGCCAGGGAUGCCGAGACCAGAAUCUGCCGGCAACAGUUUUCUCGUCAUGUUCUUGAUGAUGGCUCUUGCUGUAGCUAUGUACAUGAUGCGCCCGCGCCGCAACCAGAUAGAGGACGUCGCUAAGCCGAUGCCUAAUCCUCAGGACCGGGAUGGCGCUCCACCAACGCCUCCAAGAAUUUAAAAUACUGAUAACAUUCUUCAAUUUGUCUGUUCAAGAGGAUAAUUCGAAUCUGUAUGUAUAAACAUAAACCAACAUAAUGGAUAUAAACAAUAAUUAAUAUCAUAUUUAAGUAUAGAUAAGAUAUAUAUACAUAGUUAUGUUAUAUAUUAUAUUAGUAAUAAUAGUUCAUUUUAAGAUGAGACAUUUUAACUACACUGACACCUUAUUAAAAACCGUUUAUCAUUCCAUGAAGAAAAGAAUUAAUUGCCAAGAUAAUGUUAAUUUUAUUUCAUAGGUUUUCUCUCGACCUUUAUAUUUAAAUUCAAUAGUGUACAACAGAUAAGUAAUCAAACCAGAAAUCGAGUUAACUGUCAGAUGUGAGAGUAAAAUAAAUAUAAUCUGGUACCCUACCAACUGUCGAUAUAUAAAAUCUAUCUAUAUAAACCAUUAUAGUAUAAAUAAAUAAAAUAACUUGUAAUUGUUUUUUAUUAAAUUUACUCAAAAGUGAGAUUAUAACGAUGUUUGUUUGCAAAUUUUUAUAAAUUAUAUUGAAAUCAAAUAAACAUAAGUAUAAUUAUUGACUUAUGAUAAUUGUUUACCAAUCAUGAUUGUAUUGGUGCUAAUGUAUAAAUGAAUUUGCAAAUAGAUUAUGAAGUUUUACAUUGAAAACACUUAAUCGCAUCACAAGUUAUGUAUUUUAACCGGUAAAGGAAACCGUUUUUAAAACAAUACACAGAUCUGAUGUUUUAAAUAAAUGAAUCAAUAUUUUCGAAUAUUAGUCUCCCCUUUAGUAUUUCUAUGGCGGUUACAAAUGAAUAAAGAGUUUUUUUUUGUUGUUGUUUAAAUUAACCAGAUUAUUCGUCUGGUUCAGCUUGUGAUAUUCCAUUAAUUUUAGUUUUUGUUUUAUUUUGGGUUGGGUUUUCGAAUUAUUAAGUUUUUUUUCCACUAGAUUAAUGUUUGCUUUCACAUUUUAAUAUAUGACAACAAUCAAGAUUGUAUAAUUUGCAAAGUAAUAAAUAUUAUGACACAUAAUA